UGUGCGUGUCGAUGACAGGUGUCUGGUGCGUAAACAGAGAAGUCAGAGUGGAGAAGAUGCAAUGGGGCGACAGGUGGAAGGAGGGAGAGAGGUGGUUUGGGUGGAGUAAAUGGGUUGUAUUUAAGGCGCCGUCGUCCAGAGCCUCCCCAUCAGCCGCUAUCGCCUCCUCUGUCUGCACCUCGCCAUCAAGCCAGCGCUUCACCUCCAUUCAGAAUGUCUUUGCCCAACUCAGAGAAUGCCUCCACCCUGGAGAAUGCCAUGCAGCUGAUGAUCCAGACCUUCCACAAAUACUCUGGAAAUGAGGGGGAUAAAUACACGCUGAGCAGGGCCGAACUCAAAGAGCUGCUCACCACGGAGCUUGGCACCUACCUGGGGAAUGCCCAGGACAAAGAGGCUGUGGAUAAGGUCAUGAAAGACCUCGAUUCAAACAACGACGGAGAGGUCGAUUUCACUGAGUUUGUCAUCUUGGUUGGAGCUCUAACUGUAGCCUGUAACGACUUCUUCCUGGAGUUCAAUGACAAGGCAGAGAAGAAGUGAGCGGCUCGUAGAAAUCCACUCUUGCUAACACAAAACCCCUACGCUCCAGUGAGGAAAUGGUAACAGACAUCCUGUCAUAAAGCUGAAGUGCAAAAACACACAAAAACACACUGACCUGAGCUGUAA